UCGGACGCGGGACGUCUAUCAACAUUGCAUUAAACUCUGGCUCAUGUCAAUGAAAUAUACACAAUGCGCAUGCCGUCUCUGAACUACCUUUGACAGUCGGGGACGGUUUUCUCAACGCAUGUUGCAUGGUUGGACUAGCGGGACAGGAUUGGAAGAUGGAAUCUGGCGUUUUUACAACAUAAUAGAAGGAAAUGGAACAUCAAGGAUAAGAGCUGGGCGUUUAUUUUCCUUUCUUUUUCUUUUUUUUUUUUCUUUUCCCAUAUGGAACUCUUCUCUCGAUCUUCAGAAGACCAUUACAUUACGAGCUACGGCCAUACUAGCAGUUUUCGCAGUGAUAUCUGCACAUCUGUAACUACCAAACCAAACACUAAAUCACACAUAGUCUUUUUUGCAUGGGA